AUGCAAGCAGCACAUCACGCAUUGGCACAGCCUUUGCGUGCCUCGACAGAGAAAGCGUCGAAAACCGCCCAUCCAACUUCUCGAAAUCACAGCUUGACAGUGACCGCCAGUCCAUCCCGAAGAGAACCUGACCAAGAAAACAACACCAAGAAGAAUGACCAACAAGGAACCCACAACGGCAUCCUCUCCAAAGCAAUCACCCCCUCCGCCCUCGAAGAACUCCAAGCCAGCACCCGCCUCCUCCACGACGAACUUCGAAAACACAACAUUCCCAUGCCGAAUGCGGCGUCCGUGUUGGAGAAAUCCUCGAAAAAGCACCUUCAAACGGCCCUCACGGAGAGUAAGUUGUUACGGAUGAGGCAUGGUGUGCAGGAGCUUUUGAGGGUUGCGAGGGAGGACGGUGGGGAGGAUGGGGAGGUGUUGGGGGCUUAUUGUGAGAGGAAUGGGGAGGAGUUGAGGAGGGUUUUGGAGGGGGGUUGA